AUGAUUGAAGACGAUAUCUACCGCAAAUCCUCCCAAUUCCGACUAUGGUCCUAUACAGAGAGCUCUCUAAGGUCUCUCCGCACCACGACCAACCAUAUUGCAAGUGAGCGAGUCCGUGCCGCUCUGCGUCGAGCUCGCGAACGCCAUGUGUCCGCGACAGGAACACCACAGCCGGGAAGUGACGCCGAAGACAAAGAUAUCGAAUGCUUGACACCCGAGGAAGAGCUUGUCCUGGUUCGAUACUACUGUGAGAAGACGGUUGAGCUUGGCGACACAUACAGGCCACCACUCCCCACAAAUGUCCGAGCCACUGCAAUCCAAUUUCUCCGCCGUUUCUACCUCACAAAUUCCCCAAUGACCUACCACCCCAAAUCCAUCAUGGCCUGUGCCCUCUUCGUCGCCACAAAGACAGACAACUACUACAUGUCCCUCCGGCAAUUCGCCGAAGGUAUCCCCGGCGACACGACAGCCGACGAUGUCAUCGCCCCGGAAUUCUUGCUCAUGCAAGGCCUGCGCUUCACACUCGACGUCCGCCACCCCUUCCGCGGCCUCGAAGGCGGCGUCAUGGAACUCUCAGCCAUUGCCCAAGGCCAGGGUAAACCGGCACCCCAUCUACCACACCAUACCCCGGAAAGCCUCAAACAAGGACUUCUCUCGCUAGCACCGCCACCGGUGGCCAGCACAUCCAUCACAGACCGAAUUGGCCGCGCACACGGUGCUACGCGUGAACUCCUCAAAUCCGCCGCGCAAAUGACGGACGCGUACUUCCUCUACACACCCUCACAAAUCUGGCUAGCAGCCUUCCUCCUCGCAGACAAACCCCUCGCCGAAUUCUAUCUCGAAACCAAACUCGGCGGCCCCCUCGACGCAACCACGGCAAAUCCGUCAGACCUCCAGAACCCGCUCUACGAGCUCCGCACAAAGUUAUUCAAAGUGCUCACGGACUGUGGCGCCCUUUUGCAAUCGUACACGCCUCUCUCGUCGGACCCGGAUCAGAUGAAGAGUCUCAAGCGGAUUGCGAAGAAGUUGUAUCAUUGCCAGAAUCCGGAGAAGGUUAAUUUAAAGCGUGAUUCUGCGGUGCCGAGGUCGACGCCCGCGGGUGAUGCGGGGACGGUUACCUCGGAGAGUGAGACUGAGAGGUUGGCGAAGAAGAGGAAGUUGGAGAUGGAGCAGAAGCAACGGGGACCGCCGGACUUGUUUGGGCCGGAGUUGGUGGCGGACCGGACGAAGCAUUGA